AUGUCAAAGCCUCUCUUCCUCCUCAGGCCCUCUGCUUUCGCUGCACUGAGGCCGAGGCGGCAAAUUCUCACCGUCUCUAGAUGUCUCCACGAAAACCUACGGCGGUCGUCCACAGCCUCCAACCCAAAGAAAGACCAAGAUGGCUCGACACCCUCAUCCUCACAGAGAGAUCCUCCUCCCAAACCUCCGUCGAUGGAGGACCUUCUCGCCGAAACAAGCCCCCAAGACAAUUCUCUCCUCGCCCCUGUACAUAUAGCAGAAGAUGCAAACGCCAUCCUCAGGUCUGACCACCCCGCCACCGACAUCCUGUCUCAGUCCGGCAUCGUCGUCCAACGGCAACUUGAAAUGAUGAAUGUGUUGAUCGGCUUCGAGCAAGCCAAUCGAUAUGUCAUCCUCGACCCCCAUGGGAAUCACAUCGGGUAUAUGGCUGAGCACGAUGGUGGCAUAGGGCACACUAUGAGGAGGCAGUUCUUCACGACACACCGCGCGUUCACUACCCAUGUCUUCGAUCGCCACUCUAGGGAGGUGUUGAGAUUCCAUCGCCCAUUCUCAUGGAUCAAUACGCGCAUUCGGGUCUACGAUCCUUGGGAUCCUCACUCCAACACACCAAGAUCCUCGUCCACAGCGCUGAUCCCACAAAACAAUGCGCACCCUGUGGACCAGCCACAAAUAUCUCCUCUACCGCUGGAGUCAAUGCGCAUAAUUGGCGAAACACAUUCACAAUGGGCUCCACUGCGCCGGAAAUACGAUCUCUUUCUUUCCCAUGAUCUCGCCCUGAAUGAGCCUGGGCCUGAUGCCAUAUCGAAGAGGAGACCAGAGGGACUGUCCAGCUUGCAACAGAGUCAACUCGCUGAAAACAAAAGGUCUCGUUCGACCACAGACUUCGUCCAAUUCGCUGCCGUCAACGAGCCCUUCUUAUCUUGGGAUUUUUCUCUACUAGACCAGAACAAGCGUAAGAUUGGAUCGGUCAAUCGCGAAUUUCGCGGGUUCGGGCGGGAAAUAUUCACCGAUACUGGAAGUUACGUUCUGCGAAUGGACGCCGCUGGGAUGGAACAUCCGGUCGACAAGGAGGUUGAUCGUGACUAUGCGGAAGCAUUGGGAGGGAACGAAGGCACCUAUGGGAUGACUCUCGAUCAAAGAGCUGUGAUGCUCGCCACCGCCGUGACGAUUGAUUAUGACUACUUUUCCCGUCAUAGCGGAGGACAUGGCUUCUUCCCUAUCUGGUUUGGAGGUGGUGGAGAGGCGGCCGGUGGGGCAGCAGGAGCCGGAGCGGCUGGGGCUGGAGAGGCUGGAGCAGUUGGUGCUGCUGAAGCCGGCGGCGCUGUUGUGGGUGGAGCUGGCCGAGCAGUUGGAUCAGCCGCAGGAGCAACAGGCAUGGGCGAGGGCGCGAUUGCAGGUGCCGGAACCAUGGCAGGUUACGAAGCAAUGCAAAGAGGACUGGGACAAAGAUCCGAACCCAGAAGCGAUGACGAAGCAUCUAGGCGGCAGCAAACAGGCGCAGAAGAUACUUAUUGGGACCCUCGAGAUUCACAAGGUGGUUCCGGUGAGCCACCGCAGACGCCGCCGCAGCAGCAGCAACAAGGUGAGGACGUCUGGGGUUUAGAAGAUUCGGAACCUUUUAUAGACGGAGCGCCAGAGGCGGGAACCGGAGGGGGAGGCGACGGCGAAGGUGGUGGCUGGCUUUCAACGUUAUGGGACAUUUUCAGGGGAGAUUGA